AUGUACCAGCCAUGGUCACAACCAGGCAUAGCGUACACGCCAGUUGGUGGCAAUCCAGUCCAUGUUGCUGCGGCUGGCUACCAUGUUCGUCCGGGCCACCCAGGAGGCUAUGCGCAGGCGCUGCCGCAACCGCUGAUACCAGCUGCGCAGCCAGUCCAUGCGGAGAGCCGGCCACACAGACCCAGCACGCAGUUGCGAGAAAUAUCUCUCGAGUACUCCUACGCUGAACUGUCGGCUUCCACGAGCAACUGGCACGACUCGCGCCGACUGGGUUCUGGCUCUUACGGCUCUGUCUACAAGGGUGAGCUCGAGGAUGGCUCUGAGGUGGCGAUCAAGGCCAUUGACCUUGGUGCCUUGGGUGCUUCUGGCACUGCCCCAGAGAUGGCAGGGUUUGAGGAAGAGGUGCAGAUGCUGAGCAAGUUCCGGCAUCCCAACCUGGUCACACUCCUCGGUUGGGGCAAGCACGACAGCGGCUCUGACAGAAAACGCUAUUUGGUGUACGAGCUCUUGUCCGGGGGAGAUUGCUUUCAGCGCUUGCAGAAGAGCAAGAAGCCAAGCGCAAACAGCCCCUUCUUGUGGUUCGAGCGACUCAGUGUAUACCUGGAUGCAGCAGCAGGUCUUUCCCAUAUGCUCAACUCCAAGCCCAAGGCUUUCCAUCGAGACAUCAAGUCGGCCAACAUACUGCUUGACAGGCAUGGAACUGCCAAAAUGGCAGACUUUGGCUUGAGCUGCACUUCAAGUCAUGCCAAUUCGCUGCAUGUCACUGUCCGGACGAUCAGUGGGACACCAGGCUACGCAUGCCCCAUCUACUCACGCACGGGCCGCGUCACAGAGGGCAGCGAGGUCCAUUCCUUCGGGAUGGUGAUGCUGGAGCUAUUGACCGGCCUGGCGCCUGCCACAGCGGAUCCGACCAGGCCUGGUGGCAUCGCCUACCAAGUGGCUGAUGCCGUUUCGCAGCACAGCCCCGGCGCGCUCGAGCGCUGCCUGUGCAACCUGGACGUGAAUGCUGGCUGGCCAAAAGAGUUGGCUAAAGAAUUGGCCGAGCUGGCACUACGUGGAGUUCACUCGCAGGAGGAGGAGCGGCCCCGCUUUGUGGAGCUGGUCCGCACCCUGCGCAGGCUGCUGGAGCGCUUCCCGAAGCCUGCGAUUGGGGCGCUGCCGCAACCAGCCACAGUGAUAGCACCGGCACUUGCCUCUCCGGCGCCAGCCUCACCGGCGCCAGAAAGUGAGGCGAAGAAGGCCCAAGCAGUGAUCGUGCACAGCUCACAAGCUGCUUUUGGCUUGGAGUUCGUCGCAGCUCUUGGUGUGGAUUUGAACACGCUGCCGGCGGAGCUCCGCCGGCUAUGCCUUUCUUUAGGAACCACGCCGGAAGACGGCUUGCUGGCGGUGCCUGUUGGUCGCUCACACCAGCAGAGGGCCUUUGAGGCUUGGGUGCCAGACCAGAGGCAAAACUGUAUUUCGCGAACUGCAUUUGAGAUUUUGUGCGGUCCGAAGGGUGAAAGGGCAUCGUUGAUGGUUCGUGGAUCGGGUUUGAUCUCGGUGGAUGGUAAAGCUGCCCCUCGGGAGACGGGCAUUCCACUGUCGUCUGGGGCCGAGAUCGCCUUCCAUCACGGCGCAGAUAUGAAUGCUGUUCUGCUCCGGCUUCGAUUUAUACCGGGCGCCGAGAUGCUGUCGGAGAAGCCUGAGCCAGAGAAGCCAGACAAGCCAGACAAGUUGGAGAAGCCAGAGAAGCCAGAGAAGCCAGAGAAGCCAGAGAAGCCAGAGAAGCCAGAGAAGCCUGGCGAGAAGGCAAAGGUAGAGCCCAGUUCGCCUCGCCUUGCUCUCGGCCUAGGUCGGGAGGAGCCGAGCUCGCCUUGCCCCCGCCGGGCUGUGCGAGAGCUCGACUUGGAGGUGAGCCCUUCGCGGGGAAGGGAACGCUUUGGAGCCAGCGGCACCAGUGGUGGCGGUGGCAGCGGUGGCGGUGGCACGGGCACCUGGAUCCUGGCCUGCAUCCACGUCGAGGGCCUUUCAGCAGGGCAGCUGGCUGACCUGCCCAGUGCGGUGAGGGACAUCCAGGUGCCAGGCCACAUGCUUCCGCUGAUGUUGGGCCGGAUUCACCAGAAUCAGUUCGAAGCACUCGCCAAGGCAGCAGACAGACCAAAGCUGGGCAAUUUCAUUUCAAGGACGCAUGGCCAGCUUGAUACAGACAGCGAUGGCUUUUUUCUGCGUGUGACAAACUUAAGCUCCAAUCCGCUUUAUGUGGGGGAGGAGCUCGUGGCGCAAAGCCAGACUGUGAAGCUGGCAAAUGGCCAGCUGCUCUGCUUUGCACGGCCAGAACAAGACUCAGGGAACCACGUCCAUUUUCUGAAGUUCAAGGCAAUGCUGGUGGAAGGACAAGCUAGCCCAAGAGGAGAGGCGUCCACCCGUGCCAGCGCGCAUGCUGCACACUUGUCUCCGCAGAGAAGUGCGCACCAGGCGCAAGCCCGCCGCACAGUGGUGGAGGGUGCCGAGGUACCACACUUGCUUACGCUAUCACCACCGCCACGAAAAGUGAACCAGGAUGCUUCGACAUCACCGAGCCGCGUGAAUCGAAGUGUGCAAGACGAAAUUUCCGAAAGGCCUGCCAUGAUUUGCCUCGAGUUGUCGGGCGAUGGAGUACUUGAAGUGCCUGCGAGCGAGCGCAGAAUUGGGCCAGCUUCAGUGUCUCAGCCCUUGAUCGUGGGUCGAAAGCACCAGCCAGAACUUCAUAAGCGCGCCGUCAACCCGCAGUGCCUGAAGUUCAUGAGCCGGGAUCACUUCAGCAUCUCCUUUGAACGUGGACUCUUCCGAAUCGAGCCUUUGACUUCCAACCCCAUGUGGCGCUUCCGUCACGGCCUGGAACCGGUGGAGCUUGAACAGCAGAAGCCUGCUGAGCUGCGGUCAGGAGAUCGUGUUGCGCUUGGCACCGGCAGUGACAACGCAGCAGAGGCCGCCCUUCAGAGUCUCUGCUGGCUCUUCACUGUUGAAGGUGCCGAGCCAAAACAGGGUGCGGUUUUGGCUGGGCCCAGGCUGAGCUUGCCGGGAGCUCGCACUCCCCCGUCACCAGGUGGGGCCUUUCCACGAGUGUCUGAAGACAAGCCGUGGGCCAUCCGCAUCUUGAGGACGGAGGAGGCCUCGGGCCUCGACAGCCCGGUAGGCGCGAACUCCACAGAAUGUGGGAUGCCUACUGACAAAGAGAUCGGUGCUUUUCCCUUCCAAGUCCGCACAGCAAAAUUCCAGUUUGCCAAUGCCGAGUCCUUAAAGCGGCAUUUCCGUGCCUGCGCUGGGGGUGAUGUGGCUGAGCAGACCGUGUACCGUUGCGAAGCCUUUUGGUUCAGGGCCAUGACGUCAGCUCGAUGUUCGGCAGUCCCCUCAAGGCACGGGCCGACCUUGCGUCUGGGCAGGCGGCCAGCCCCUCGUUUGGGCGGCCGGGAGGGACAGCACUCCGUGCUGUUCCAGGACAACCGGGUACACAGCGCCUGCCGCGAGCAGUCGUUGAGCAUCUGCGACUCGUUCAUCUCACACAGUUGGAUGAACUCUCGGAUCUUCGAACGAGACUUCGAGCCACAAGGCAUGAUCUGCAGCAGCAGCUUCUGGUGGUGCGGCAAAAGGAGGAGCGACUGUCUGCAGAAGUGGCUGCUGGCGCCCGGCACCUUGCUGGGAGGCACAAGGAACAAGGGAUGCUCCGUGCCCAGGACCAUCAGCUUCCUUGGAUGGAUCUUGGGACUUGUGCUUUUGUGCUUAGCAUCAAACGAAAGAGGAGGCCUCGAGCUCGCUGAGCUGGAGAAGAGCUGCAGCAGCGCGGAGGCCCACAUCCUGGUCCUGCGCAACAUUGCCGAGAAGCUGGCGCUGGCCGAAGAGCCGGAAGCUCCGGCAUCUGUGGAGCCGGCAGAUGCAGAGGUGGCAAAUGCGGUUGAGGUCAAAGCGGAGGUAUCAAGGAAAGAGCAUGGCCAAGACAUGUCGGAGCGCUCAGCCGCGCCAGCCAGCCUCAGCAAAGAAGUCCAGCAGGUGCUGACGGCGCCAAAUGGGCCCACAGAGACUGAGCCUCAGACGGCUGUGGAGCCGACCACAGAGCUGGCAGCCCAGGGACCAAUGGCAUUGGAGCCACAGAAGCCGCACGAGGAUGAAGCAGCGAGAAGAGCACCAGCUUCAGCAGGAACAUGGGCAGGAGCAGCAGAAACAGCAACCGUCGUAGCCGAGCUUGAAGACGGGGAUGCGAAGAAGCGUCGUAGAUGGCAAAAGCCGAAGGAAGUCCAAGCCGAUAAAGCAGGAGCCGUCGACGUCGCAGGGCGCGACGAGGAAGGCCUGGCAGCACAGCCCGGCGAGCGGCCACCAGACUCGGAGCCACCAGGAGAUCAGCAUGCGAGCUCCCAUGCGCCGCAGCCGAACAUCGCCUUGGCUCCGCAAGUUGAGCCUGCGCGCGAGCAAGGCCGGAAACAGGAUGAGGCAGAGGCGGAAGGGCAAACUGCAGUGGGUGUAGCUGGGCCUAGGCGCAGCUCGGCGGGCGCCGGCCACGAUCAGUACCUCGCAGUUGGGGCCAGCAGCCCACCAGUCCCGGAUGGUGUUCAGUCUGCACAGCCAGCGCAGGCCGAGCAGCUUGCGCAGGCAACGCAGCACCCGCGGCCUGAGCAGAAAGCACAGCGUGAGCAGACCGAGCCGCCCAAGCAGACCGAGCAGACCGAGCAGACCGAGCCCACCGAGCCCACCGAGCAGACUGGACAGACUGGGCAGACCGCGCAGCCGUUGCCUGAACAAACGGCUGAGGAAGUUCAGGGGGCCGUGGAGCCCACGACUGUGGAGCCUACGACUCUGGAGCCCGCGGAGGCACAGCCGACGAAGCUGGUUGUGCCUUGCUGUGCCUUUCGUUGCAAGGGGUCUAACGCAACCUGCAACCGCUCCAUGCCCAGCAAAGUAGACACACAGGUGGUGCCGAUGCCGCUAAAUGUAAAAGCGGAAGGGAAGACGUCAAAGAUAUCUGCCGAACUGGAUGCUGUGAAUCUGGCCACGGAGCAAGCAAAGAUGGCUGGCAAAGGGCUUGCCGUAGACAAGCCGCAAGAGGGGGAAGAUACAGCAGCAGCAACAACAGCAGCCGAAAUCCAAACUUGGGAUCGCUUGAAGGAAGCAGGAAUGGCUCUUGCAGGUGUCGUUGCCACCGAGGGCGCAGCCAAGGCUCCAGAUGGCCUUCUUCCAGAUGGCGAAGAAGGCCGGGCAUCCCAGCCCGACGAGCGGCCACCAGACUCAGGGCCACAUGCGGAUCAGCAUGCAGGCGCCCAUGAGCUGCAGCCAAACAUCGCCUUGGCUCCGCAGGUUGAGCCUCCACGCGAGCAAGGUAGCAAACAGAAUGAGGCACUGGCCGAGGAGCACAUGUCAGUCGCCUCCACUGGACCUACGCAGGGUGCUGUGGUCACUGGCCAAGACCAAGGCCUUGCAGAGGCCAGCAGUCAUCCAGACCCAGAUGGUGUUCAGGUUGCACAGCCAGCGCAGAUCGAGCAGCUUUUGCAGGCUGGUCAGACCGAGCAACGAGCGCAGGCGCCGGCACAGUCGGAGCCGCCAACGCAUCCUCUUGAUGAAGCAGGAGAGGCUUGCGUAGAGGGCGCAGCCAAGGCUCCAGAUGACCUGGCAGCACAGCCCGGCGAGCGGCCACCAGACCAUGCGCCGCAGCCGAACAUCGCCUUGGCUCCGCAAGUUGAGCCUGCACGCGAGCAAGGCCGGAAACAGGAUGAGGCAGAGGCGGAAGGGCAAACUGCAGUGGGUGUAGCUGGGCCUAGGCGCAGCUCGGCGGGCGCCGGCCAAGAUCAGGGCCUCGCAGUUGGGGCCAGCAGCCCAACAGUCCCAGAUGGUGUUCAGUCUGCACAGCCAGCGCAGGCCGAGCAGCUUGCGCAGGCAACGCAGCACCCGCGGCCUGAGCAGAAAGCACAGCGUGAGCAGACCGAGCCGCCCAAGCAGACCGAGCAGACCGAGCAGACCGAGCCCACCGAGCCCACCGAGCAGACUGGACAGACUGGGCAGACCGCGCAGCCGUUGCCUGAACAAACGGCUGAGGCUCGUGUGAGAAAGACUUGGCUGAUGUCACUGAUGUCCGGCAUUUCACGUAGGAUCUUCGCUCGUGCCAGCUUGUCCUGCAGGAAGUUCAGGGGGCCGUGGAGCCCACGACUGUGGAGCCUACGACUCUGGAGCCCGCGGAGGCACAGCCGACGAAGCUGGCGCCAACGAAUAUGGAGCCGGCAGGUUCUGGCGAGACAGUUGCCUCGCAGGAGCAGGCAGGUGAGUUGGUACAGCAUGCUAUCUCCAUCAUUUGCGCUAGCACUGUUUGUGAAGCACAUGCCGGAUGCUGAUGCUUUCUGCUACCUGCAGAACUGCAAAGUGGCGGAGUGGAACUUAAUAAGUGCAUUUCACACUUCAUGCGUGCGACAGGCUGCAAGGGAGGAUGAUCAGGAGGAGGCUGCGUACAAGCAGCGAAUAGAGGAGGCAGCCAAGCGCAUGUCCGCCAUUGAGGGAAUGGACGAUCUGCUGGCCGAGCUGCAGGCUCAGGAAGUGGAGGAAGAAGAGGGUCAGGAGGAGGAGGAAGAGGAAGAGGCUGAGGAGGAGGAGGAGGAAGAAGUAGUGGAGGCCGGAGAGGAGCCGGACGACGAAGCCGUGGAAACAACAGAGAGAGCCCAUGAAGUGCCUGAGAAUUCUGACGAGGCUUACACUUCCACCCUGCCCGAAGUCCCGCGGGUGGCGCCAACCGGAGAAGCAAAUGAUGGCCCCCCGACAGCCACAAUGGCACUCGCAGAGGAAGUGGAGGAAGUGGAGGAAGUGGAUCUGCAAGCUUCUGAACCUUCUGAACCGGCAGCACCUGCAGAGGCCACAGGAGCCGCUGAGGCAGGAGAAGUAGAGGAAGGAUUGGAAGGAGCUCCAGAGAAAACUGCGGGCGAGCUUGAAGACGGGGAUGCGAAGAAGCGUCGUAGGCGGAAGAAGCCGAAAGAAGUCCCAGCCGAUGAAGCCACAGCCGUCGACGCCGCAGAGGGCGACGAGGAAGGUCUGGCAGCACAGCCCGACGAGCAGCGACCAGACCCAGAGCUAAGUGGGGAUCAUGCGCCGCAAGUUGAGCCUGCACGCGAGCAAGGCCGGAAACAGGAUGAGGCAGAGGCGGAAGGGCAAACUGCAGUGGGUGUAGCUGGGCCUAGGCGCAGCUCGGCGGGCGCCGGCCAAGAUCAGGGCCUCGCAGUUGGGGCCAGCAGCCCACCAGUCCCAGAUGGUGUUCAGUCUGCACAGCCAGCGCAGGCCGAGCAGCUUGCGCAGGCAACGCAGCACCCGCGGCCUGAGCAGAAAGCACAGCGUGAGCAGACCGAGCCGAAGCAGACCGAGCAGACCGAGCAGACCGAGCAGCCUGGGCAGACCGCGCAGCCGUUGCCUGAACCAACCUCUGUCAAGCGAGACUCAGACGCUGGACCGCCUCAGUCUGGAAGUCAGCAGGGUGAAGAGUUCGACACGUUCGAGUGCGAAGCGGGGGAUGAAGUCCGAGAGUUGGGCAUUUUUCCCGCAGCAUUUCCUCCGGAUCCAGUGGAGAUCUACUCUGUCACGGAAGGCUCUUGGGCGUCCAGGCAGGGUGUGGUGCCCGGCGACAUCCUUGUAGCCAUCAAUGGGCAGCUCGUCCCUGACAAGAAAGACAUGAAACGGCUGAUGAGAGAGCGGCCUUUGCGCCUGACCUUUCAAAGGCCCUUGGCCUUUGAGACCGCAGAGGAAUCUGAGGCAUCAGAUGACAUUGGUGAUGCGGGUGAUAGUAUGGGUGACGGUAUGGACAAGUUUGAGUGCAGGGCUGGGCAGGAUGUCCAGGACUUGGGAAUCUACCCGUCAGCAUUUCCACCAGAUCCCAUGCUGGUGGCAAGAGUUGCUGCAGGGUCUUGGGCGGCAGAGCAGGGCAUCUUGGCCGGAGAUGAACUUCUUGAGAUCGGAGGCCGGCCAGUUCAAGAGUUGACUGCCAAAGAAGCGAAGCGAGCAAUGAGGGAGCGGCCUCUUCUGCUGGUUGUCCAGCGUGCCGACCAACUGGAGCCGUCCUCCUCCUCGGCACCGGCCUCCUCACCUUCGUCUCCGCAGAAAUCGGCGAAGCCACGGAAAUCCAGCUCACCUGAGACUGACGAUGCCCUCACUCAGGCUAGGAAGUCCUUGGCGGCCAUCUUGCCUGAGAACAUGAACCCUUUCAGUGGUGCAGCUUCGAGCCUUCCGUGCAUGCAGCAGCAACAUGUGGGCAACAUGUGGGCAACAUGUGGGCAACAUGUGGGCAACAUGUGGGACAUGAACGGGAUCCGUUGUUAUGAGCUCUGGAACACGCAGGCCCAGACCUCAUCGGAUCUCAUCUCGUCCAAGAUCACAGAGAACGUCGAGGGACUUCGGACGUCGAAAGUGGCAUUCCAAGAAGAGGCAGUGGAGGAGGAUGGUUGGGAUGACGAUGACGACGACGACGAUUGGAAGCAGCCCGCGGCAACCAAGAAGGGAGAGAAAAGCACUAAGGACGCUGGUAAUGACAAGAAGGAAGACAGAAAGGCGGACAAGAAAGGUGAGAAGAAAGGUGACAAGAAAGAAAAGGAUGCGAAAGUUGACAAGGCCCAAGGCAAGCCUGAGAGUGACAAGAAGGAGAAGGACAAGGCCAAAGACAAGGAGAAGCCAAAGGACAAGGCAAAGGAGAAGGAGAAGGCAAAAGAACCUACCAAAGAGAAGGAGAAAAAGGAUCAACCUCCACCCCUGCUGGCCUAUGCCUCCGCCAAUGAAGCCCGCCUCGGAUUCAAAGUCGAUUGGCCGCCCAAUCCCUGCUAUGUCAACAAGGUAGACCGAAACAGCUGGGCGGAGAUGGCGCAGGUGGAAGUUGGUCUACGAUUAGACAGAGCUGGUGGGAAAGACGUGGCGAAGAUGAGCAAGGAGAAACUGAAAAAGAUUCUGGACGAAACUCGGCCACUCGAAUUGGCAUUUGUGAAAGACAAGAAGAAGAAGAAGCCGCCCACUGCCAAGCCUGAGAAUGACACAGUCUUGGGAGGAAUGUUCGGAUGA